AUUUAGAACACCCUCUCCCACCCGAACGCAAUCACACAAAUAACCAAGGAAGCAUCAACAUUCAUCAUGGGCGGCGGAGGACAAUACCCUUUCCCUAAAGAAGUCUGGUCUCCCAGCGGUGGAUGGUGGUCCAGACCUUCCAACUGGCGAGCCAACACCCUAAUCGCUGCUGGUGGAAUCGCCGUCGCGACAUUGGGAGUCUGGAGGAUCAGUGCCAGGAACGAGAUUCGACACACCCAACCGACAAAACCGAUCCCAUCAGCCAACUGGUCACCGCAAGCGAGGGAGAUUGGGGUUCGGAAGGAAUAGGCGGAAGAAGAAGAUGAACGGAAGCGGACGCGCUAGAUGAUGAUGUUUGUAACUUUGAGCUUGAGAGCUCGACAUCGAUGACGGACUGACCCGAUGGAUUGAGCGGUCGUGGCUUCCUAUACUAGCUAUACUACCUACUCGAUAUUGAGUGCGAGUGCGAGUGCGAGUAUGUGUACGGGUAGACGUUCACAUACCAUUUACGUGUCAGGCUGCCUGGCAUCUGGGGGACUCGGUGCGCGUCAUCUCUCGCACCGGCGAGUUGAUGGUGAUGAUGCAGAUGAAGGUUGCUGCUGAUGGAGGUCAAUCGAUAUUACUGAGC